GCGUCUGUUAACGUUGGAGUACUCUGUGAAAUUCUGAAAAAUUUACAGUAUUCUCAGAUUUGUCCCAUUCAAAGGAACACACAGGUCUGACCAUCUAGAAGUUUUGCAGAAGAAACCUGUAUAUGGGAAUCUGUGAGACUGUAAGAAACACUCUUGCAGGGUGAAAGAUCAAACAAUGAUUAAAUCUUUCAAGGAAAACAAUGAAAAUGUCUCUGUUGAAUAGACUGAGAAUGGUGAUACCAAAGGCAAAAAGUAUAUUUGCAAUUAAUGCUGACUUUGCACAAGAAGAAGAGAAUGCAUCAAGUCCUGAGACCCCACCUCCUUCGACUCCAAUUUCUGCCAAAGUUAACAAGAUUGUGAAGAACCAAAGAGCUUUAAUUCCAAAUAAAAAUGAAACACCCACCAGAGAAAAUAGAGUUAGGACUUCUAGACCACGACCCAGUCAACCUCCGGAGCACACAGUACUUCCCACUAUGCAGCAGAAGCAACAUCAGCAACAAAGUGCUGCUCGUAAAAAAUCCAACUGUGUAAGGGAAGUUGAAAAGCUGCAGAAGAGGAGAGAGCGGCGGAGGGUGCAGCAACAAGAGAUGAGAGAAAAGAAAGCACAGGAGGUUGAUGCUACAAAUCCAAACUAUGAAAUCAUGUACAUGAUAAGAGAGUUUCGGGCAAGUCUUGACUACAGACCACUAACUGAAGCUGAUCUGGUCAAAGAACACAGGAUAUGCGUCUGUGUACGGAAACGUCCACUAAAUAAGAAAGAAGCCACGGUUAAAGACUUUGAUGUUAUUACCAUCCCCAACAAGGACAUAGUGAUGGUGCACGAGCCAAAACAAAAGGUGGAUUUGACAAGAUACUUGGAAAAUCAGACCUUCCGCUUUGAUUAUGCUUUUGAUGACUCAACAACAAAUGAAAUGGUUUACAGUUUUACAGCCAGACCUCUUGUGGAAACCAUCUUUGAAAAAGGAAUGGCUACUUGUUUUGCUUAUGGACAAACGGGAAGUGGCAAAACACAUACAAUGGGUGGUGAUUUUUCUGGAAAGAGUCAGGAUUGUUCUAAAGGAAUAUAUGCAUUAGCUGCACAGGAUGUGUUUCUAAUGCAGAAGAAGCCUUACUACAAGAAACUUGAUCUUCAAGUGUAUGCAACAUUUUUUGAAAUUUACAGUGGCAAGGUUUAUGAUUUGUUGAAUCAAAAAACCAAGUUAAGAGUUCUGGAGGAUGGGAAGCAGCAAGUCCAGGUAGUAGGAUUACAGGAAUGUGAGGUGAAAUGCAUGGAAGAUGUUUUAAAGCUGAUUGAGAUGGGGAACAGCUGUAGAACUUCUGGACAGACGUCUGCCAAUGCUCAUUCUUCAAGAAGUCAUGCAGUGUUCCAGAUUAUACUUCGAAGAAAUGGAAAGAUUCAUGGAAAAUUUUCACUAAUUGAUCUUGCUGGCAAUGAGAGGGGGGUAGAUACGCUGAGUGCAGAUCGACAAACGAGGCUUGAAGGUGCUGAGAUAAAUAAAAGUCUUCUGGCACUCAAGGAAUGUAUUAGAGCCUUGGGCCGCAACAAGCCGCAUACUCCCUUCAGAGCAAGUAAACUGACACAAGUGUUGAGAGACUCCUUCAUUGGCGAGAACUCAAGGACAUGCAUGAUUGCUACAAUAUCCCCAGGAAUGGCCUCAUGUGAAAAUACAUUGAACACUUUAAGAUACGCAAAUAGAGUGAAGGAGCUGACAGUGGAGCCCACUGAAGGAAAGCCCAAUGCCAAUACUGUCAGUCAGUUUGAUGUUUUGGACGCUCCUUGGGAUGUUCGAAGCUCAGCUCAUGGAGAUGAUCUUAAGCUAUUCUCUGAACAAACUGAACCUGUAAAAUGGAUAGAGGGUGAAAAAACAAUGCUGGAAAUGGCUGAAGAAGUGGACUAUGAUUUGGAUUCCUAUGAUGUGCCACAUGAAGAAAUUCUGGACCAGAACUUUGACAUUACAACUGAACUUAGAGAAAGCAUGGAUUUGCGUCAAAGAAGCUAUGAUUUAGGAGUUCAGAUUGGCUAUCAGCGUCGGAAUAAAGAUGUGCUGGCUUGGGUAAAAAAAUGCAAGAGAACUAUACGCAGGGAGGACUUGAUCAGCUUCCUGUAUGGUAAUGUUCCGCCUCUGAGGAGUUCUAAGGCUCCUUCAAGACUCGCUGUCAUGUCUCCGAACAGACCUCGUUCAACAGAAACAAGUUCUUCUGUAGAAUUUGAUCUUCAGUCUUGUCACGAUGGCGAAGGUGUACACCCCACUAAGUUUUUAGACCAGCCUUUUCCUACGAAUAAAAAAGGGUUAAAGGGAGCCGGAGCCUAUCCCAGGUGUAUGAAGCACAAGGCUGCAAUCAAGCCCGGACAGGAUUCAAGUCCCUCAAGGGGCACACCAGUGCAUUCGCCCACAGUGACCAAACAAAGGGCCAAAAUAGAGUGACUGUGCAAGUGAACCAGCAUUCCUGUGCUGUGAGAGGAGAAAGGCUACACACUCACAACAUGCAAGCUUCACACAGACUGGGACUGGCCAGGAGUCAAAUGCAUGUUAAGAUGGUGAGGUGUUACCACUCUGAAAUUUAGUUGUUUUUUGUUUUGUUCACAUCAUGGAUGGGGAAAAUUGUUUAGAGAGAUUGCACUGAGGAGAUACUGAAAGCCUUCUUUACCUUGGUCAUGUUUAGCUGUGGCUUUACUCCGUGGAUGUUCCAAUUGAGCCACUUACAUGUUAAAACAAAAUACUGCUCCUUUUUGUUCAAAAACUCCAUAAAUGAAGUGGAGCAAUAUGGCUUUGUAAUGCAAAAGACUCCUGAUGGGUAUUUACAGAAAAUUAAAAAAAAAAAAAACAAUCUCUAAAAUAAUAAGCGGUGGUAAUAAAAGGUUUCUUUGAACAAAAAAGUAAACCCAUGUUUCAUUUGGGUAAUAAGAAAAUGAGUUUUGUGUUGGGGACAGGCAAUGUGCUUCACCCUAACCGCUGGCUGUUUUAAGAUGGCUGCAGCCGCGCAUUAUAGUCUUUCUGCUCAUUUUGUGUGCCUUGUGUAAUAAGUAGAAUUGUGAUAAGAAGGUUAAAACGCUGGACAAACCUUUGCUCCCCUGAUCAUUUAAACUGGCAAUGAGGAUGAUGGAUGUCUUGAAUGUUGUACUUGCCGUAACUGCAGUCAUAAAUGUACUGAGCUAAACCAUUGUGUCCAACAUUUAUCGAUCAUGAAUUUCACAAUUUGUGCUCCUGCAGCUGUGGUGGAGAAUAAAAAGUAAAAGAUGAAGGCUGGCCGUCUCUAAACAAUGAAAGAAGUCAGCUGGGCUGAAGAGGGAGAUGUGGUGUUUAAUGCACAAGACCAGAAUGGCACAUCUAUGUCUCUCUCUAAUAUCCAUCAUCGCUGUGUAAUUGUAAGGAUUAUUAAAUAUGUACUACAGAGCGGGACUAACGAUUUUUGCAGACAAAAUGAGAACAUUUGCUCCCAUCAGUGUCAUUUGUUCAGCGUAUAGCUGUGUCGCCGUUGCUUCCAGUUGACAUGUCUACAUGUCUAGUGAAUGAUUUAUUUAUGAGGAUAGGUUUAAUCCCAGAAGCGCAUGAACGAGGGGGAACUUUUUUUCCAAUUGA